AGUGAGACGAUAAUUUAGAUAACAUUUUGGUAACUAACUUAUAAUAACUAUUCGUUGACUUUGAAUUUUACAAAGUUGAGAUACACUACCUCUCUCGCCGUUACCUGUGGAAUCAAAGGACCGCCGCAGCCUCAUGUUCCGCACGGAGGCAUUUUGUCAACGGACCCAAAAAACGAACGAGUUUGCGCCGUACUCACAAGGAAGUGCGGAAAAAAUUGGUGCGCCCUUUUCAGCUGAGUUGGCUCAUAUCAAAAGCUGAUGAUUUGUUGGUCUUACAACCUGAAAUAAAUUGCCCCCAAAGUAGGGAGUAGUAAUCGGCCACUGGCGACACACGCGACACCUUUGAGAAUGCCCCGGAGAAAGAGGACUGCCGGCAGCAGCUCGGACGGGACGGAGGACUCGGAUUUUUCCGCCGACCUCGAGCACGCGGAAGCUUCCGAGAACGCGCGCAGGCGCAGCAGCACUCGCCUCACUCGCGCAUCGCUGCGCCUCAGUCGGAGCUCACAAGAUAACUGCAGCUCAGUACGCAGCAGUUCUCCUGCAGCCACUGGUCCAGACGAAGGCCAGGAUUCAGCGGCAGAGUCGGCGGCGGCGGCGGCAGCAGUGGCAGCGUCCGUCUUUUCCUCUGGGCGCAGGAUCACACGCAGCCAGCAGGGGGCGACAAACACCACAGCCAAAAAAUACCCACUGCGUCGGAGCAGGUCAUCUGGCUCGGAUACCGAGGCUAACGCAGACCUGAAGCAGGGGGCAGACCGGGACGAGACACCUCCCCGGACCCCGACGGGUAACGCCCCGUCCUCGGAGUCCGACAUCGAUGUUUCCAGCCCCGGCAACGACCUUGUGUCUUCUAGCAACGACAUUGUAGUGUCGCAGGAGGAGGACGAGAGAUUGGCCAAAGAGCUGUCGCUCAAAGAGGCCGCCGCCCACGACCUUUCCCACAGGCCCAAACGGCGGCGCUUCCACGAGAGCUACAACUUUAACAUGAAGUGUCCCACGCCAGGGUGUAAUUCGUUGGGUCAUCUAACAGGCAGGCAUGAGAGACACUUCUCCAUAUCGGGAUGUCCUCUCUACCACAAUCUCUCUGCUGAUGAAUGCAAGGGCAAGGCAUCGACGCGCGACAAACAGGCCGAGGAAAGGACGCUGUCGCACCGCCAGGACGAGAAUAGACACUCCACAAGAAACCAGGCCCCAUCAGACCGCCAGCUGCGCUACAAGGAGAAGGUAACGGAGCUGAGGAGGAAGAGGAAUUCUGGCCUCAAUAAGGAGCAGAAGGACAAGUACAUGGAGCACCGUCAGAGCCACGGAGCGAGCAGGGAGCCGCUGCUGGAAAACAUCACCAGCGACUACGACCUUGAGCUGUUCAGGAAAGCGCAGGCACGUGCCUCGGAGGACCUUUCAGCAAACCCUCCUCUGCAGCCACAGGAGGAGUCUGAGAUAUUUUUGGAGAAACUUCGGCUCGCCGGCCAGGUGUCAGAGGGCAGCAACAUGAUAAAGACCAUUGUGUUUGGCCGCUACGAACUGGACACGUGGUACCAUUCCCCAUACCCAGAGGAAUACGCCCGCCUGGGGAGGCUCUACAUGUGCGAGUUCUGCCUCAAGUAUAUGAAGAGCCAGACCAUUCUGCGGCGGCACAUGGCCAAGUGUGUGUGGAAGCACCCUCCAGGGGACGAGAUCUACAGGAAGGGGAACAUCUCUGUCUUUGAGGUGGAUGGAAAGAAGAACAAGAUUUACUGCCAGAACUUGUGCCUGCUGGCGAAGCUCUUCCUGGACCACAAGACUCUGUAUUACGAUGUGGAACCUUUCCUCUUCUACGUCAUGACCGAAGCUGACAACACAGGGUGCCAUCUAGUCGGAUACUUCUCCAAGGAGAAGAACUCUUUCCUCAACUACAACGUGUCCUGCAUCCUCACCAUGCCGCAGUACAUGAGGCAGGGCUACGGCAAGAUGCUCAUCGACUUCAGCUACCUGUUGUCCAAAGUGGAGGAGAAGGUGGGUUCACCUGAGCGCCCCCUGUCUGACCUGGGCCUCAUCAGUUACCGGAGUUACUGGAAGGAGGUGCUGCUGCGCUACCUGAACAACUUUCAGGGCAAAGAAAUCUCCAUCAAAGAGAUCAGUCAGGAGACGGCAGUGAACCCAGUGGAUAUUGUCAGCACGCUGCAGUCCCUCCAGAUGCUCAAAUACUGGAAGGGGAAGCACCUGGUUUUAAAGCGACAGGACCUUAUCGACGACUGGAAGGCCAAGGAGACCAAACGCGGCAAUGGCAAGACCAUUGACCCCAAAGCCUUAAAAUGGACACCGCCUAAAGGGACGUAGAGGAGCUUCCUUUCACACUACAAACCCAGAAACACACACACACACACAGACCGAUCCUCCGCUGCACUCUGGCAUGCUCACAGACCCUGAGCCUGAACCCUCCCCACACACUCUUGUACAAAACCCUUUCAGCAGCUCCAGCGCAGUCAGCCGCUCGUUGUGUCCGCCGUGAACUCUGGGUUCAGCAGUCACCGUCGUGGCUCAACAUGAGAGCACCGGUAUAAUGCCUGGCAAGAGUAUUUGUUUGCGCAUUACACAAAAAUAGGAGGACAAAAAAAGACUCAUCAAGAAGGGUUUCUUUUGAAAUAAACUCUUGAAAUGUAACAAAAAAACAAACAUGCAUAUCAUUAAUGGUUAAUUAAUGGUUGUGUUUAGAAGCAAAUGAAACACGGAAUUACGUAGCUUGACCCUGAAUAGUUAUUUAAGCUAAUACGAGCAAUGAACAAUAAAUUACACGACAGCAGUACGCCCCUGGCUAUUACUCACUUAAAUUGCAUCAAUAUAUUACGUGGCGCUUUUUAAAACAUUUGUAUAGAAUUUUAAUUAUUUCACAAAUUGUUGGUUCACAGUUUAUUAACAUGAUUAUUUAUGUAAUAAUGUUUUUUUUUAUAUAUUCAACUGUGCCCACUUUGGGGUUCCAAAGGAGAGGAUCAGCUGUUCCCGAUUUUAUUUUUAGAUUUAAUAUUUCCCGACGAACACUGUGACUAAAUUACAAAAUAAUGAGCUAAGCAAACGGCCGGUGAUGGUCUGUCUACGUAAAAUCGCCUCUGAGCUCAUUUUUUGUCUGAGAAGUGAAAGUAAUUGUGCGUUGUGAGUGCACCUCCUUCCUGACACUGGCUAGCACGGAGUGCCAGGCACACCCGCUAACCCAAUCUGCGGCAGCCAGUAUCGAACCGGUGCUGCUUUUCAUUCGGCUCUCGAGGUGGUUGACACAACGCAGGUCUGCAGCGCGUUGACUCAUGCAAUGCAUUUUGGCAGACACAGACCAGCUGGCUGUGAUUAAACAGAGCAAUGCCUGGGCCCAAAAACAAAAUGAAUGCAGUUUUAAGGAGCUCAGGUCACAUGGCUAAACAGAGACAUCCCAAAAAGAUUUCUUUUGAGAAUUGGAAAACUAAAUUUGAAUAGGACUAAAAACUAAUUCUGGCAAUCCAUUUUUAAAAUCUGAUCCCCGUUUUUUUUUUUAAGACUACAGAACAGGUGAGAGAAACGUGCCUAUCUACGUUCCUUUCUAAGUUUUGUAGGAUCAUUUUCAGUAGGUGGGGGGGAUCGAGAAAUUAAAACUCACCUGGAAGAAAACAUGAAUGCUUUUUAUUGAAAAUUAGUAUUAAAAAGAGUACUGUAACAACAACAAAAACAUUGAAAAAUGAACCUGACAAAACAUUUUUUUUCACCUGCUUUAACAGAUGAAAAAUGUUUUACUUUAAGGAAAUAUCCUGUUUUUAAGACAUGAACACACGAGAGAAAAAAACUAUUUAGAUCAGACUAAGAACAUCGAUCACCAGAUUUUUUUUUAUUCCAUAAAGAUAUUACCUUCCAUUACCUAUCGUCAUUAUACAUAUUGUAGUACUUUAUGUGAAUGGUUGGGUAUCAGCUGCAGAGUGAUGUUGCCUUUUAUCAUGCACCCACUACAAUUAAAUAUGAUUAAAUACAAGUCUUAUGAAAAUAAAAACAUCCGGUCAGAUGGUCUCUUUUACAGAUUCUCUUUUUGUGUAAGAAACGGUGCUGGAUGGGCCAGAGGGUGCAGACAUUUCUCUGAGUCUUAACAGUGGCUGUUUGAACCCAGAGCUAAUCAAUAACUCAGCAUCUCCGUCAUGCAACAAACACACACACACGCACACGUUGUGUCCAGUAUUUAACCCAUCGCACCAGUCAGGAAGCUAUAGCUGCCACUGGCCGUCCUCGGACCUCGUUGUGUCACCGGGACCGACCCGUCUUCCCUUCUUCUCUUUGACCUUUUAUCUUUGGGGCGGCCAUGUUGUUUUCUGAAGUCUGACAGUGAACAGUGAAGGUAAACGGGGGAUCUCAGCCGUCCUCUGUGUCGGAGCUCCUUUCUGUGUCCUUUUUGUGGUGUUUGUGUUAAAGUUCUCAAUGAUAUUUUAUACUUGUUCUACCUCUAAGGUUUACCACUGUAUAAAAGCUAGAAUUGCCCAUUUUAAGCUC